AUAGACUAAAAAUAUGUAAAAUAAUGAAAUGACUCGAUUAUGUAUCGUAAGGAAAAUGAAAGAUUUAUCAUUGAUAAUCUAACCUUAUAUUGAAUGCAUUCAAAUUAAUAUUUUAACCGUGCACUUAUAUCAAAAUGACGGUAGUGCUUGGUGGAGGUAUAUCAGGCUUAUCAGCUGCAUAUUAUGCACUAAACAAUCCGAAAAUUAAUCCAAUAACAUUGUUCGAAGCAUCUAAUCGUUUAGGAGGAUGGAUACGAAGUCAUGAAUCAUCAAAUGGGGUAAUAUUUGAAAAAGGACCAAGGACCAUAAGAUGUUUAGGAUCAGCUGGAAAAAAUACAUUAAAUUUAUUGGAGGAUUUACAAUUAACUGAUAAACUUAUCUCUAUUAAAUUAUAUCACCCUGGUGCUAAGAAUAGAAUGAUUUAUUCGCGUAAUAAGUUACACUUAUUGCCAAAUUCUUUUCUUAGUAUAAUUAAGACUAAUUCUUUAUUUAAUCGUUCCUUAGUAAGUUUUCUUGCUAAAGACUUGAGAGCACCAAUGGUUCGUAAGGAUGAUGAAAGUAUAUACAGUUUUGUUGAGAGAAGAUUAGGAAAAGAUAUUGCCGAUUAUUUUAUUAGCCCUAUGAUUUGCGGAAUAUGUGCUGGCGAUGCGCAGAAGAUAAGUGUUAACUUUCUAAUGAAAUCUUUAUUUGAGGCGGAACAAAAACAUGGAUCUAUAGCAAAAGGUUUAUUCAAAGAAUUUCUUAAAAAGAAAAAUGUUAAUAAGACAGAAUAUAGAUCAAACUUGGCUAAAGUGGCUGAGACAGAAAAGUGGGUAGUAUGCGGUUUAAAAGGAGGACUCGAAGAACUACCACGUUCUCUAAGAAAUAAUUUACUGACUCGAGGCGUUGAUAUACAAUUAAAUAGUUACUGCGAAAAACUCCUUUUUCAAUCCGAUCAUGUUGAAUUAACUAUUAAUGGAAAAGUAAAAAAAUGUUCUCAAAUUAUCUCGAGUCUACCAGCAAAAACACUAGCUAAAUUGCUGGAGGAACAACAUCCGGAUUUAGCAAAAGAAUUAAAAGCAAUACCUAUGGUCACGGUGGCUGUAGUUAAUCUUCAAUUUGCAGAUAAUGUGUUGCCUAUGGAUGCUUUUGGUUUUCUUGUUCCACCAAGAGAAAAUCUUCCAAUUCUUGGUGUGAUAUUUGACUCAUGUAUUUUUCCUAAAGAUUCUUCAACGGUACUAACAGUAAUGAUGGGUGGUGCAUGGUUUGAAAAAUACUUUGGCAGAAAUCCAACAGAUGAAAAUUUGUUGAAUAUAGCAAUUAAACAAGUUAAAGAAAUCCUGAAUAUUAAAGAAGAUCCGGUAACUUUUAACGUGGCCAUUCUAAAGGAUUGUAUUCCCCAACAUGUAGUGGGUCACUCACAACGUUUAAAUCAUAUCCGUGAUUAUAUUUCUUCACGUAGAAUCCCUCUAGCAUUGUGUGGUUCUUCUUAUCAAGGUGUCGGAAUCAAUGACGUUAUUCUGUCAGCAAAAGAAGCUGUUUCUGAUAUUGUGCAACAUUUAAAUGAACAUUAAGAUGAAACUGUAAUAAUUUUGUACAGCAUUCUUUCUAGCACUAGUCACGUUGCGAACAUCUUACUUUUUUACAAAUAAAAUAAUAAAAUAGAAAACAUGCAUUAUUCUAUAAGCUAGUUUAAAAAAAGCCUUUAAAAAAGAUUUAGUUGUGUAAAUAAUAAAUAAACAAAAAUAUGAUAUCUCUAAUCAAAUAAAUAAUCAAUCAAAU